UUAAUUAUUUAAAAGUGCCGUCUUAGGUAUUUCAUGUUAAGUUGUGAAAACUGAAAGCAUGCGCUGCAGGGGGAGGACCACAAAAUGCCCAGACCAUUUUUAAUUUUGUUCCUGUGCCGUGUGUUACGUUAAUUACUUAAUCCCAUUCCACAUAUCAGGUCCUCAGACACAACACUGGGAGAGUAAUGGCUAAACAGGCAGUUUUUAUGUUCGGUCUCAUCACUAUUGCCGUCUUCGUUCACACUAAAGCUUGCCUUGAUCACCAGUUCAACCGAAGACAAGCAGGUGAUAAGUGGCUCAAAAACCCUACAACUAAUUGUACCUGUAUUGAGCACAGUUUUGUCCUGUGCCAGAAACUAAAUGAGCCUGUGUGCAUGGACAUCAGCGGAAACUUGAGAAAGAAUAGAGAGACAUGGAUGAACAGUUCCUGCGUGGCUUGUGAGUGCGUCAACGGCACCAUAAACUGUACUAGAUAUGACGUCAACGUCACGUAUGGAUUGUAUUAUGUUGAGCCGAUACCCACCUGUGAACAAUGUGCAGUUCCAUUGAGAACAGAAGAGCCCUACAGUACUUGCAAAGUCUACCUUGAACUUUCCGAAAACGGAAAAAUGACCAAGUGUGCAAGUGGGGGAUUGUAUAUCCGGGACAUUCACCUAUGUAACGGGAUUGCUGAAUGCCCGGAUGAAUCAGAUGAAAACGGCUGCGAAGAUGCCGUUUGCAAGGACGAAGAGGGAAGUUUAUUUUUAACAAAAGAUGAAAAUGGUUUGCAGCUUUCUCACUGUAUGGAUUGCCAUUGUAAAGCAGGCUUUCUGACAUGCCGUAGAAACUUGACCAUUAACUUCCCUGGCUAUUACUAUGGGUUUUAUGAGCAUAUUGAGAAUUGUGCGCAACCACAAUGCAACGUUGCCAAGUUUGUGAGAGAAAAGAGAGAUCAUUGUGAAGGCGUCGAAUUUACCAUAGGCGACGGUAUUUACUACAAAGGCCAAACAUGGAAAUAUGCAGGAUGUGAUUUCUACUUUCCUGGAGCCUAUGAGAAACAGGGUGUCUGCCCAGCAAUGACUAGACCUGUUUGUUAU